AAGAAACAUUAGUCCCCUCUUGUACAAAGAAAAUUGCCUUGCAAAAAGUCCAUGAUGACAGAUGGUACUUUAAACAAAUUUCCCAAAGAUGUGGUGAUCUAUAUAAUUUUGAAGCUUCAAAUAAAAUCUCUCUUGCGAUUCAAAUGUAUCUCUAAAUCAUGGUACAUGCUCAUGCAAUCAUCGACAUUCAUCAACGUUCAUCUCAAUCGUACCACGACGGUCGAGGAUGAAAUAGUUCUCUUCAAGCGCUCCUUCAGAGAAGAACCCAACCAAUUUAGAAGUAUCAUGUCUUUCCUCUCUAGUUAUCAUGAUAAUCAUGAUUUUUACCAUAUUUCUCCAGAUUUAGAUGUGCCAUAUUUAACUACCACUAGUUCCUGUAUUUUUCACAGAUUCAUGGGUCCUUGCCAUGGUUUAAUUAUUUUAACGGAUCAAGUAACCACAAUAUUAUUUAAUCCAGCUACUAGGAAUUAUAGACUACUCCAACAAAGUCCUUUUGGUAGUCCCCUAGGUUUCCAUCGUUCAAUUAACGGUAUUGCGUUUGGUUUUGACUCGAUCUCAAAUGAGUACAAGAUUGUUAGGCUUGCAGAAGUCCGUGGCGAACCUCCCUUCUAUUGCUUUACUAUGAGAGAGUGGAAAGUUGAGGUUUAUGAAUUAAGCAUAGAUUCAUGGAGAGACGUGGAUAAUGUCGAUCAACAGUUACCCUAUGUGCAUUGGUAUCCUUGUGCCGAAUUGUUUUACAAAGGAGCCUCUCAUUGGUUUGGAAACACUAAUACAGUUGUAAUUCUUUGUUUUGACAUGAGUACCGAAACUUUUCGUAAUAUCAAAAUGCCUAAUACUUGUCAUUCCAAAGACAGUAAGGGUUAUGGCCUCGUAAUUUUGAAAGAGUUGCUAACGUUAAUUUGUUACCCCUAUCCAGGGUGUGAAAUUGAUCCGGCAAUAGAUUUCAUGGAAAUUUGGGCAAUGAUGGAGUAUGGUGUGAACGAAUCUUGGAUUAAGAAAUACACUAUUCCACCUCUCAUGAUCGAAUCACCGUUGGCAGUUUGGAAGGAUCAUUUAUUGUUUCUUCAAAGCAUAAAUGGACAUUUAAUUUCUUAUGAUCUUAAUUCUAAUGAAGUCAAGGAAUUAAGCUUACAUGGUUGGCCUGAAAGUUUGAGAAUAAAAAUUUACAAGGAAAGCUUGACUUUAAUUUCAACAGAAAUCGAGCAUAAUACACAAGUUCAAUAGUUUUAGAGAAGAUUACCUCUCUAUGACUUGAAGAGCACCCACAAACUUGUUGUUUUUGGGAAAAAAUUUACACGCUUGUUUUCUUUUGGCAGUGAGUAUCUUGUUCCCUCAAUUAGUUCAAUUAUUACUAAUAUU